UGACAACAGAACAGAGCGAUCAAACAGAUGAAACUCUAUAAACGCACCCAAAAUUAAUAAAUAAAGAGAACAGUAGAAGUGAAAUAUGGCAUUACUUUGCAUUCAAAACAGAUGACAAAGGUGAACGAACUGAUCUUACUGCACCUGUAUGCAAGCGUUGCUAUAAAUCAUGUGUUGCCACAGGAGGCAACAUAUCAAAUUUUUUAAGCAUUUGUCGCUUGCUCAUCCUGAUAUUUUCAGAGAAUUAAGAGAUCAACAGGGAGGUGGAUUGGUUCUCUCUGACAGCUGUGAUCCUGCUGCUGUGCUUUGCCCCCUUCAUCGUCUUUUUCUUCAUCAUGGCAUGUGAUCAGUACCAGUGCUCCAUCAGCCACCCAUUGCUGGACCUCUACAACGGUGAAGCCACCUUGCUCACCAUCUGGAACCGUGCCCCUUCCUUCACAUGGGCCGCUGCCAAGAUCUACGCAAUCUGGGUCACAUUUCAGGUGGUGCUGUACAUGUGCGUUCCAGAUAUCAUGCAUAAGAUUCUUCCAGGUUAUGUGGGAGGAGUGCAGGAUGGUGCCCGAACACCAGCAGGUCUGAUUAAUAAGUAUGAAGUCAACGGUUUGCAGUGCUGGAUAAUCACUCAUGCUUUAUGGGUGGCUAAUGCUCAAUACUUCCACUGGUUUUCACCAACCAUCAUCAUUGAUAACUGGAUCCCUCUCUUAUGGUGCACCAACAUCCUCGGCUAUGCCGUGUCCACUUUCGCUUUCAUUAAGGCUUAUCUGUUCCCUACCAACCCAGAGGACUGUAAAUUCACAGGCAACAUCUUCUACAACUACAUGAUGGGAAUUGAGUUCAACCCUCGUAUAGGAAAAUGGUUUGACUUCAAGCUUUUCUUCAAUGGCCGGCCGGGUAUCGUGGCGUGGACCCUGAUUAACUUAUCCUACGCUGCUAAACAGCAGGAGCUGUAUGGUUAUGUGACAAACUCAAUGAUCCUGGUCAAUGUUUUGCAAGCCAUAUAUGUGUUGGACUUCUUCUGGAACGAAGCCUGGUACCUCAGGACUAUAGACAUCUGCCAUGAUCACUUUGGCUGGUACCUGGGCUGGGGAGACUGCGUGUGGCUUCCUUUCCUCUACACACUACAGGGCCUUUACUUGGUCUACAACCCUGUCCAGCUUUCUACGCCUCAUGCCGCAGGUGUCCUCAUCCUGGGUCUGGUGGGCUACUACAUCUUCCGCUCAACCAACCACCAGAAAGACCUUUUCCGUCGCACAGAGGGUAACUGUAAUAUCUGGGGUAAGAAGCCUACCUUCAUCGAGUGUUCAUACCGAUCGGCCGAUGGCGGGAUUCACAAGAGCAAACUGAUGACCUCUGGGUUUUGGGGGGUGGCUCGUCACAUGAACUACACGGGCGACCUGAUGGGCUCACUGGCGUAUUGCUUGGCCUGCGGUGGCGAGCACUUGCUGCCUUAUUUUUACAUUGUCUACAUGACCAUCCUGCUGGUGCACCGCUGCAUUCGUGAUGAGCACCGCUGUCGCAACAAGUACGGCAAGGACUGGGAGCGCUACACCGCAGCCGUGUCCUACCGUUUGCUGCCCAACAUCUUCUAGAGCGUUCCACCAUAUCCCACAUUGCUUUUCAACCAUGUACAGAAAAGCAAUUUAUCUUGUUAUUUGAUGUGGCUGCACAUACUUAUUUUAAACAGUUGGCUUUUUAAUCUUAAAUUUUUGGUAACACUUUAUUUUAAGGUGUCCUUGUUACACGUUACAUGUACUUGCUGUUAUAGUAACACUUAAUUAUGCAUAAUUACAUGCAAGUAACACUAAUCCUAACCCUAGCCAUAUAGUAAGUACAUGUAGUUAAUUAUUAUCACUCAGUACUUAAAUGUAUAAUUACAUUGUAACAAAGACACCUUAAAAUAAAGUGUAACCAAUUUUUUUACAAAGAUUAUUUUGCCUUUUAGUGAGUGUGAGUGUGAAUGUACUAUACAUGAAUAUAUAAGUGCAAGAUUAUCAAGGUGACAAAAUGCACUGCAUUACAGAAUUACAGUAAAAAAAAUCUCCUAAAAUACUGUGAUCUGCUCAAGUCUUAGUGCUCCUGCCUUUGAACAAACUCUGUCUUUUGUUUUGUUUUGUUUUCCCUCCCAAUUCGCAGGGAAACUCAUUGUAUAGAGAACAGCACUCAUUGUUGUUCAGGAUUUAAAUAGACACAAGUCUAUUAAUCCAGAAAUGCUCAGAUUACAGCAUAUAUUUCUAUUCAUAUUUUUUCUACCAGCCAAACUACUGAAAUAAAAGUUUCCCACUUUGUC